AUGUUUGGAGCACUUGAAAUUGUUGGAGCUAAAGAAGAAAAACAGAAAGAAAGACAGACUGGAGAAGUCGUCUGUUAAAGCUAAAAUGACUUACCAAGACUAUGAUUGGGUUGGCUUGCUCAAUGAUGGGAUUCUGAGUAAGCAAACAGGUGCUGUGGUGGACAAAUACGUACAAUACCAUCAUCCUUUAAAGAAAGAUAAAUUGAUUGAAGUGCAAAGAAAUAUAAUAAGUAAUUGA